GGUUUUGGUUGGUUUUGGUCGAGUAUAUCAAAGAAAAAAAUGUUAAGUUUUCUUUUCGGUGAUAUGUAAUAAUUUGUUUCAUCACAGCACAAAUUAAGAAUGGAAUCUAAUGUAAUUAACUUCUAUGAAAUUCUACAGUGUGAUAGAAAUGCUUCUGCAGAAGAGUUAAAAAGAAGUUAUCAACGUCUUGUUCUGACUUUCCAUCCUGAUAAAAAAAUCACCAGCAACAAUCAUGAAAGUUUUCUUAAUAUCCAGAAAGCCUGGUCUGUUUUAAGGGACCCACACUCGAGAAAACAAUAUGAUGCCUUACUCUCAUGUGAAGAGCACAAAGAACUGCUGUUGUAUGAUACAGUGUCUGUUCUAGAUAUGGAUUAUGAUAAUUCUAGUAGUAUUUAUUCAUAUCAGUGUAGAUGUGGUGGAAACUACUCUGUGUGUGCCAGUGAACUUAAACCACCCGAAAUAGUUAUUGAAUGUGAUGAAUGUUCAUUUUCUAUACAGGUUAUUGUUCCUACUUGACAUCAUUAAUCUUUGACAGCAAUAAAGGCGGCAGGGUGUGCGUGGGCUCUAGUCAGUCAGCCUUGUCGCUCCCUCGGCUCUCACACGACGGCAUGCGCUGGUAGCUGGGCGGGCCGCGCCCGAUCGCCGCCGUGCCCGGAGUCGUCACGUCGCCGCGCCCACGGAGAGGUCCUUCAAACCGAGUGCCCAGGUUCGACUUGCCCCGUAGGAAACUGGUGAAACGAAUAGAAUAUAAUACUUUAUUUGACAGUUUGCACCUUAAAUAAUUUAUCAGUGAUUCUCACACUAGGCGCGCAGAUCUGUAUCGAUCAUCAAAAACAGAAUUGGUGCACGGUUGGCUUUACAAGGUUUAUUUUAAAUGAACACUUUAAAACAAAACUUUACUUUAAAUGUCUUCCUUAUUUUAUUUUGAUAGAUUAAACGGUUUGUUUAGUUGUUUCUUUUUAGGUUAAACAUUUGUAAUUAUUUGUUGUCACCCGUAUUUUUACUUAUAAAAUGUUGCUACCAUACUUUUAAAAUUAUAUUAUUUUCUUUUAAUUUAUAUAGCAUGCAAAAAAACAUCCAUAGGUAUUGAUACUUUUGUAAAAAUCCCGUCACCUGAAGUCUCAAGAAAAUCAAUCACUCCAUUUCAUUUUAAUCCCGUGGGUAUCCAAGAGGCGACUUUGGAAUAUAUUAGAAAUAUGUUGUAGCUUCUAAUAUAUACCAUUUCACUUACGCGAGGCAUAAAAUACUUAACCGAUGACGGGCAAGCAGCGUCCUUUAAUUGGCAGUGAUGAUUAUAGAGGAGACCCCAUCCCCUUAUUCGCCCCUCACCCCCUUCGUGUCGUAGGAUACUAAAGCAAUGCCUAAAUCUUCCCUAUAACAGAAGAGGCCUAUAUCCUUCGAUGGAAUUUUACGCGUCAAUGAUGAUAAAGAAGAAGUGAUUAAUAAUAUGAGCCACCAAUAUUUAAUGAAGGAGUUUCAUACCUUUCUAGUUUCUCCACGCAAGCGUCUUGAUAGUCGUGUAUCCAGCGAACACCAUUAAAGUGGCACACGGCGCGCAUAUCUUCCGGCAGUUCCUCGGGCUCGGGCCACUCGAAGUUGUCGAUAAUGGGCACGAUGUUGCACUUGGAUUGUAAAGCAGCCACUAUCUCCUGGAGGAUCAUAAUGUUUUAUUUAUGAGAUUGUGCAUACUUUUAAAAUUAUAAUAAUAAACUAGGACUUUAAUCUAAAUUAAGUUGGUAAUCAAGAUGCAGGAAGUUAUGUCGUUCAUAUUUUAUAACGGAAACGCAAGGAUGUAUUUAAAAAUAAAUUAGCAACACAAAUGUUAUCAUAUGAAAAGAUCUAAUGAACUUAAGGUCCGAUUUUAACAAGUAAAUCUGAGUACUGUGGGCGUAGGAUAAGGAUAAGGCUUGGUUUUUAACUUUCCUUUAUAAAUCAAUUUUCAUGAUAUCGUGUCAUCCCGCUAUUUAAGUAUUAUUAUUAUAUUUCUCUUAAGGAAGUUAUAACAAAAUGCGGUGAUAAUGUAAAAUUAAUAACAAUUUAAAAAAGGAGAUACAGAUCUAUAUUUAUGCGAUUUAUGGGAUAGGGUGACAAACGAGCACACAGUCCACCUGAUGGUAAGUGGUUGCUGUGGCCCAUAGACAUCUACAUCUGUCCUCGUUUGCGAAUCAAAAUGCAGAUGCGUUGUCACCCGCGAGGACUAAGAUGGAAUGCCUCUUUUCGAGUAAAAAGGGUCUCCGGUUCUGUACACUCACCAUACGAAAGACAGCAGUGUUAAGCUGCUAUUUUACGCUGGUAUUCUGUGAGAGCGUGGUCCUUCCCCGGUCGAGCCAACCCAUUCGUGCUACAACUACACUACUAAUAUAGCUGCAGCAUGGUUCUACCUAUAAUAUGUAUUCUAAGUUUGAAUUUAAGUUAGUGCGCAAUGCGAAGUGAAAUAAUUAUCUAGCAUGCAUUUUAUUUUUCUAGUUUAUGCUUCUUUAGGUAAAGGGUCUUAUUUUAUAUUGAUAAAUUUUUAAAUAGAAUCACUAAACGAAUUUAUAAAGAACAUAUAAUCAACGUACCCGAUGAACCCAGUCUUUCUGUUCCGUGUCGUGCUUACACCUUUCAAGAGCAUUAGGCGUGAGCACUAAAAGGAAGUUCUUCGCUUGUCGUAUACUUUGUAGCAAGUUGUUGUCGAACUUUCCCGCUUCUAAUCUUUCUACGUCGAUGAAAACGGUGAAACCACGCAACUGUAGAUGGACUUUCAGCAGACUCGCAAGUUGUGAACCAUUGGACCGUCUAUAACUCACGAAUACAUCUAGAUUCUUCUCCAUAUUCUCUUCGCCUUUGCUUGGUAGUGUACUUUCAUAUACUGUAAGUAAUUAUAACAGUUAAGAAUACUUCAACGCAAUUGAUGUUUUGAUACUAAAUUUUGUCUAGUAUACUGUAUUUUGAUGAAUAAAUUUAUAUACUC